GUUGAUUGUAUUUAUAAAAUUUUGACUGGCUAAUAAUAUUUAUUUACAAAGUAUUACCAUAACAACAACAUUACCUAGUGCCUCAAAGGCUCCCAACCAUGGCGGGUCAAGGAGGUCGGAUGUACGCAAUCGCACCCUUAAAUUUAAAACAUAUACCUGCUGUUUCCGGAAGACCCGUGAUGAGCCUCAAAAGUUGCAUUGACUAACUACUACUUCACUUUCAAAAAAGAAGCACAGAGAGUUUAAAGAACCACUUUGUUUUAUUCCAUCAAACUCAAUGCCAAAAAAUAAUGAAUCUAUUACUCGCUUGGAAAUGAUGGAGGAGAAAUAAAUUAAUAUAUUUAAAAAUAUUGGGUGAUAGGUUGUCUUACGCUCCAAGGGCGCCUUUCCCGGGCAUGAGCUCCUUUCACCCUGUUUACAACCCGCCCUCGAUGGGUGCGCCCAUCUGCAGCUGGGAGGAAGCAGUAUUCUGGGCGCAGGAAGCUAUGACUUUUGCAGCCUAUAAAGAUGGCGCUACAGGAGGCAAUUUCUACCAGGUGUUGAUGUCUAGUUCGUCUGGGGGGGGACACGUCACGUGGUUGCAGUUCCCUUACACCUUUGAGGACUCACAGCGCUACUUUCCUUUAUCAUACUUUGACUAUAUACGAGUUCGGCGGUAAUGAAUGUUUUUUACAUUCAAGAGUCAAGACUGAUGUUGCAUGAAAGUGUUGGUUGUUUGUGUUUGUUUUGCCGUAACUUUGAUACAUUGCAAUUCUACUGUUUUUUUGGCAAAGUGAAGUUGUUUUGAUGCCUUCGGUGGUUGAUGGAUAUUGUCAAUGUAGCUAUUUGUUGGAAAUGAUUUUUUCCGUUGGAGGAGACAAAAUGGUUGUUGUUUUAUGAAUUAAGAUUAGUGAUGUGG